ACGCUUAACCCAAAAAAAAAAACAAAAAUCACCAAAUACAUUUUUAUUUUAUUUUAUGUACUUUGUAGUCAACUUAUUUUCCUGUUGAUAAAAAAUACUGCUCUAAGUAUUAAUUUGUACUGAAUAGUCCAUGCAUCACACACAUAAACCGUCAGUAAAUAUUCAAUCACACUCGUCACUCGUGACCUCGUCUCCUUCACCAUGUGUCAGUAACAGUCGAUCUCUCUCCUUGUCAUCCACACCCAUCACCUAGUGCUCUGAGAUCCACUACACUAAUUUCUUCCACAGUCCUCUAACUUCAAGAAAAUUACAUGUUUAACUCCACUAACAACUCUAAACCCUACUCCAAUUCACAGUCAAAGAUUCAGGGGUUCAUUGUCCAUCCUCUAUUCCUCUGAAGCUCUAGCUUCAACCACAAUGGCAGGAAAAACUCAAAAGUUCUCCGCCAAAACCCACUCAACAACCAAGUCUCCGACCGAGAAGAAUGUGAGAAGAUCUCCAAGACGGUCAUCAAGUCCGUCCAAGAUAGAAGACUCUGCCGUCAAACCUUGUGGGAAGAAUCGGAAGUCGAAAUCGGAAGAACUAGCUCUGUCGUUGUACGUGAUAGAAGACGAAGAUGGCGAGGUGUUUGUGCCGUUGAAAAUCUUCGAUCCGAAUCUCUCCGGAGAGAAAUUCCGGCGAAGAUCGCCUAGAUUUACAGGAAAUGAGUGUACGAGUGUUGGUAAGCAAAAUGCUGAUUCAAUUGACUUAAUUCCAGCUUUAUAUGAGCAGAAAUGCCUACGAAGAUCGCCGAGAUUUACAGGAAAUGAGUGUACGAGUGUUAAGCAAAUUGCUGACUCGGCUUCAGCCGAGCACAAGUGCAUGCGAAGAUCGCCGAGAUUUACAGGAAAUGAGUGUACGAGUGUUAAGCAAAUUGCUGAUUCGGCUUCAGCCGAGCACAAGUGCAAGCGAAGAUCGCCGAGAUUUACAAAAAAUGAGUCAAUUGACGUACAUUCAUCUUCAGCUAAGCACGAGUGCUUGCCCAGAUUUACUAAAAAUGAGUGUAGAAGCGUUAGUAAGCAAAUUGUUGAUUCAGUUGACCUAAAAUCGCCUCUCACAGCUGAGCACAAUUGCGUGCGAAGAUCGCCGAGACUAUCGUCGGCUUUGGUAGUGAGCCAAAGUGAUGCUAGAGAUGUCAAAUUGGUCAAAUCUGAGUUGGCUUUGAUAGAGUGGUCGGAUUUGUCAGAUAAAAGGCAGAGCUCGAAAAAGAAGAGUCCGAGCUCUAUGGGGGAAACUGGUGCGACGGUGGUCGGCGAGAAGCGUUUGAGAUCACGGAUGAUACCGGGGAGUGUUAUUGGGGCUGCAUGGUGUGAUUCGGAGGAUGAGCGGUCUUCGAAGAAGGUGAAGACGACACCGGGUAAGUCUGAUGUAGAAAGGAAGCAUGAGAAGUGUUUGAGGAAGUCGCCAAGACAUUCAUCGUCUUCAGUUGGGGCUAAAAAUGCAACUAUGAAGUCCGAUUUGUUGGCAUUGUCUGAGCCAAAAUCGGAGAAAAUCAAUAGGAAUACAUUUGGUGAAAGAAGCUUGAGAUCUCGGAAAGUACCUUUUUGUUUAGUUGGGACGAAAAAUGAGGAAGUGAAGUCUGCUUUGAAAGAAUUGCCUGAAGCUUUAGUGGAUAAUGGGGCACCAGAAAUUAUUAAAAAUGAUUCGGAAAGCUGUGAUUUUGAUGUGUUGGGUGAGAAGUGCUUAAAAUUUCAAACACCACCGUCGCCCUCUGAGACCAAAAAAGAAGUUGUUUCAAUGGAUGAUGAGGCGCCUGAGAAGAUUAAUACCACAUUUGGAAGCCGUGAUUUGGAUACGUCUGGUGAAAAGUGCUUGAGAUCUCGAAAAAUACCAUUUCGCCUGGUUGGGACUGAAAAUGUAGAAGGAAAGUUGGAAUUGAUUGCAUCGCCUGAGGAAAAACAGAAAGAACAGAAAAAUAAAGCUUCCUUCAUUGGAGAGCCGGUGCCUAAGGAGGAAGCUCGAGAAAGGUGGCGUUGGCGUUAUGAAUUGAAGGGUUUGCAAAGCCAACAAUCUAAGGGUCAAAGCUGGAAAUUGAAUGCUGAUGAAGAGGAUGAAAUAAUUUUGAAUGUGGAAUGCCAUUUUACUCAAGCUAAAGUUGAUGGCUGCAUUUACAAUCUUGGAGAUUGUGCAUAUAUAAAGGGUGAUGGACGACAAAAAUAUGUGGGCAGGAUCAUAGAGUUUUUCAAAACAGUAGAAGGAGAUGAUUAUUUUAGGGUCCAGUGGUUUUAUAGAGCUCAGGAUACGGUUAUGAAAGAAGCAGCUGCUUUCCAUGACAAGAGGCGUUUAUUUUAUUCCACUGUAAUGAAUGAUAAUUUAUUAGAUUGCAUUAUUUCAAAAGUUGGCGUCAAACAAAUUAGACCCACGCUAGGUUUAAACUUAAACUCUAUUCCACCAUCUGACUUUUAUUAUGAUAUGGAGUAUUGCGUGGAAUAUUCUACAUUCCGCACCUUGCUAAACGAUAAUUCUGUAGAGAGCCAUGAUUCAGCCUCACCAAAUUAUGUUGAAACUUCCCAUACAACGAUCAAUACGACCUCUUUGGAGGAUACACCCAGUUGUGAACUUUAUAAAGCGGAGCUGGGGUUAUUAGAUCUUUAUUCUGGUUGUGGUGGAAUGUCAACUGGAUUGUGUCUCGGUGCCAAACUUUCCCAUGUUAAUCUUGUAACGCGAUGGGCAGUUGACUAUGAUAGCUUUGCAUGUGACAGUUUGAAACUGAAUCAUCCAGAAACACAGGUUAGGAAUGAAAGCGCCGAGGAUUUUCUAGAACUGUUGAAGGGAUGGAAAAAGCUGUGCAACCAGUAUGUGUUCAAUGAUUUAGAAAGAGCACUCCAGUCUGGGGCAACUGACACGAGAGAGGCCAAAGAUGAGACAAAUCGUCCAUCAGAUCUUAAGAUUCCUGCAGGAGAAUAUGAAGUUUCAUGCGUAGUUGAUAUUUGUUAUGGUGAUCCCAGCAAUUCAGGAAAGCGUGGGUUAAAAUUUAAGGUACGUUGGAAGGGAUAUAGUUCGAGUGAAGAUACGUGGGAACCAGUUCAAUCAUUGAGCAAUUGUGAAGAACGAGUACGAGAUUUUGUAAGAAGUGGAUUCCAAUCUAAACUCUUACCACUUCCAGGUGGUGUUGAUGUUAUAUGUGGUGGUCCUCCAUGUCAAGGGAUUAGUGGAUAUAAUCGCUUUAGAAAUGUUGAUGCCCCAUUGGAUGAUGAAAGAAAUCGUCAAAUAAUUGUCUUCAUGGACAUAGUAAAAUUCUUAAAGCCCAAGUAUGUAUUGAUGGAAAAUGUGUCCGACAUCUUAAGGUUCAAUAAAGCCUCUCUUGGAAGAUAUGCAUUAAGUCGUUUAGUGCAUAUGAAAUACCAAGCAAGGCUUGGAACUAUUGCUGCUGGCUGUUAUGGUCUUCCACAAUUUCGGUUGCGCGUUUUCCUCUGGGGUGCUCUUCCCAGUGAGAAACUACCCCAAUUUCCACUUCCAACACAUGAUGUUGUUGUUAGAUAUUGGCCUCCACCUGAGUUUGAGCGAAAUACUGUUGCUUAUGAUGAAGACCAACCUCGACAACUUGAAGAAGCCGUCAUUCUUCGUGAUGCUAUAUCUGAUCUUCCAGCUGUGACGAGCCAUGAAACCCGUGAGGAGAUGACAUACCAAAUGCCUCCGGAAACCGAAUUUCAAAAAUAUAUAAGGUUAACUAAAUAUGAGAUGAUGGGUUUAGCACCGAGUGGAGUUGCACAAAUGAAAAUGCCUAUAUUAUAUGACCACAGGCCAUAUCAAUUGUCUGAGGAUGAUUAUUUACGAGUUUGUCAAAUUCCACGCAAAAAGGGAGCAAAUUUCAGGGACCUCCCUGGCAUAGUUGUGGGAACUGACAACGUGGUUCAUCGGGAUCCAACAAAGGAGCAGAUGAAGUUGCCAUCUGGAAAGUCUAUGGUACCAGAUUAUGUCUUCACUUUUGAACAGGGAAAGUCUAAAAGACCAUUUGCAAGGUUAUGGUGGGAUGAGACGGUGGCAACUGUAGUGACUUUUCCAAAUCUUCACAGUCAGGCAGCAUUACAUCCAGAGCAAGAUAGAGUGCUUACACUACGUGAGUAUGCAAGGUUGCAAGGAUUUCCUGAUUUUUAUAGAUUCUGUGGGACAGUUAAAAAAAGGUACCGUCAGGUUGGAAAUGCAGUGGCAAUCCCAGUCGCACGAGCCUUAGGAUAUACCCUUGGGAUGGCCGUCCAGAAGCUGGGUGGGAAUGAACCGCUCAUGACCUUACCACCCAAAUUCUCAGUCCAGCGACCUUCAAUCGACUAAAUCAGUCUCAUGAAAACAGUUCAGUAUUUCUUUUCGUGUUCUUUCAUUGCUCUUAAGCAACAUUGAUAGCACCAACCGGUUGGUGCCGAGCUUACUUUUCAUUUGUAAACCUUUUCAUGGACAUUAUUAAAUGCUCCAGUGUGUUGUAAACUCUUCAGUCAUCUUCAGUAGCCGAAACUGAAAGAUGUCAGAAUGCCACCAUGCUGAGACAUUGUUGAUUUUAUAAGUAUCAUUUUUUCCCCAUGAAAGCAAGUGAGUUUACAUUUGCGAGCAUUGCUAAAUGUGGAGGUGCCAAAAUCAGGAUGGUUGAAGGCCAUCACAGCUUAUCAUGUAUGACAAUCUCUAUUAGUAAUUAUGUGGAUAUUAUGAAUCACAUAUGAUUCCUUC